UCAUGGACCAUUUGAUUGGUCUGCCAAAACCUGCAGCACAUCACGACAAAGUGGAAAAAAAAUUGCCAAUAGGCGAUAGCAACAAUAAUUCAUUCUGCAACUUGGAAAGAAUUUAACAUCCAUAUCUGGACUGGAUCUUCAUCUCAGGUUUGUUCUUGAACAUAAUUUUCUUUCUUAUUUUCCCAUGGAAAAUUUGUACUGUACCCUUGCUCUCAUAGUCUCCAUUUUCAUGAUAAUCAAACUUAUAUUGAAUUACAAGCAAAAUUUACCACCGAGCCCACCGACACUUCCAAUCAUUGGUCACCUCUACCUUAUCAAGAAGCCGCUCCACCAAGCUCUGCAGGAUCUGUUAUCGCAGUAUGGUCCAAUCAUAUAUCUCCGAUUUGGUUGUAAGUCUAUACUUGUUGUAUCUUCUCCAUCAGCUGUUGAAGAAUGCUUCACAAAGAACGACAAGAUAUUUGCAGACCGCCCUCGAACUUUGGCUGGGGAUCAUUUUACCUACAAUUACAACUCGUUUGCGAUGGCUUCUUACGGUCAUCUCUGGCGAAGCCGCCGCCGCUUCUCUGUUGUUGAAAUUUUCUCGACUACCAGUCUUCAAAAGUCUUUAACCCCACUUCAGGAUGAAGUUCGCAACCUGCUUCGCCUAGUUUAUAUGCAUUCAGUCAGAGAUGACAAGAAGGUGGAUUUGAAGAAUUUGUUCUCACUUCUAAACAUUAAUUUCAUUAUGAGAAUUGUUGCUGGAAGGCCUGGUAUUGAAGUGAAGGAAGCAGAGAUGGAAGUUCUGGAGAAAUUCUUGCUGGACUUCAAGGAAAGAUUUUUUCCUAGUUUGUCCAUGAAUAUAUGUGAUUUUUUCCCAAUUUUGCGGUCGAUUGGUUACAAAGGUAUAGAGAAGAGUUUCGUAAGACUUCAAAAGAAGAGAGACGAAUAUCUGCAGAAUUUGCUAGAUGAAAUUCGUUUAAAGAAAACAGUUACUUCUACAAUCAGGAAUGGGGAAAAUAACAGGUCAUUGAUCGAAACUCUCUUGUACCUCCAAGAAUCAGACCCCGAAUUUUAUUCAGACCAAGUCAUCAAAAGCAACAUAGUGAUGAUGUUUAUUGCGGGAGUAGAAACAGCAGCGCUUACCUUAGAAUGGGCAAUGUCGCUACUGUUGAAUCAUCCUGAGGCUUUGCAAAAGGUAAGCGCAGAGAUUGACAAGAAUGUUGGAGAUGGAUGCCUGCCAAGUGAGUUGGAUCUUGUUAAGCUUCCAUACCUUCGUUGUGUCAUAAAUGAGGCACUUAGAUUAUAUCCUCCGGCACCGCUUUUGUUACCCCAUUCAUCAUCUGAAGACUGUAUUGUGGGAAGAUAUAACAUACCGCGAGGCACGAUCCUAUUGGUGAAUGCUUUUGCGAUGCAUCGGGAUGCCAAGGUUUGGGAGGAGCCCACGAAGUUCAAGCCUGAAAGAUUUGAAGACAGUUUUGUUGAACGAGAGGGAUUCAAAUACAUUCCUUUCGGAAUGGGGAGGAGAACUUGUCCAGGUGCUGGCAUGGCUAUUCGUACAGCUUCUUUGGCAUUGGCCGCUCUCAUAAGAUGCUUUGAUUGGGAAAAGGUUGGGGAGGAGGUGGAUAUGAGUCAACAUUAUGGACUCUCUCUUUCCAAGGCCAAGCCUUUGGUGGCUAUGUGCACCCCACGCCAAAAUAUGAUUGAAUUCCUCUCUCAGUUGUAGACAUAAAUUGUUUCUGGAAUUUUACAAGUUACAGAGUCGCACAGCUUUAGAAUUAUAUGCAUGCCUUUAGGCAGUUCUAGAAAUCAUCACUUGUAAUGUAUUGUUGUCACUAUUGCAGAUACCAAAGUCCACCCUACUUGAAUAAAAAUCAUCUAGAUUUGGUUUGUUUGUA